CAGGACUCAGAUGGAGGCAGCGGAGCAGCAGAGACAGAAACACAAAGAGCUGAGAGAGGAGGAGGCAGCACUCAUGCGUGAGCAGCAGCAGAUGCAGCAGCUCCAGCUGCAGCGUGAGCAGCAGCAGACUCUGCAGCAGCAGCAGCAGAACCGGAGGCAGCUGGAUCAGGGUCUCCGGCUGAAGAUGAAGCGUCUGGCCCGGGAGCAGCAGGACCAGCUGGAGCUGGACAUGAGCAUCCUGCACACGCUGCUGCAACAGGAAACGGACCACAAACAGGAAGCUGCUCACAGGAAGGUGGAGCUGCGUGAGGAGCAGCAGCGCUACCGUCAGUAUUUAUCAGCGGAGCUGCAGAAGCAGAGGAGGGAGGAGGAGGAGACGGAGCAGCUGAUGGAGGACAAACUGAAGGAGGUGUGGAGUAAACGAGAGGAGCAGAGCCGGCUGCAGAGAGAAGCCAGAAACAGACUGAUGAAGGAAGUGAUGGAGGCUCGCAGUCUGCAGAUACUACACAAACUGGAGCUGAACAUUCAGAGUCAGGCGGAGUUGUCCAAAGAGAGAGACGAGCUGAACAGAGCGAUGGAAGAGAUGAAGCUGAUGGACGACAAGGAGAAAAGACGACAGCAGCAGAGGGCUGAGUCCUACCAGGCCGACCUGCAGGCUCAGAUGAAGUCCCAGCAGCAGCUCCUCUUCCAGCAGAAAGCUCAGGAAGAGAGGGAGCACCAGCAGGGUCUGAUGCUGCAGGACCAGUACCAACGCAAGAAAGACCACAUCCUGUCCAGACCCUCGCCUCACACCACGGGCGUCUCCGUCCCAUCCGUUCAGACAGGCAGACAGGUCCAGGGUACUGUCCUCUGUCUCUAG